AUGGCAGGGCUGGGCGGUGCGCCCAUCCCCGACGGGGAGUUCACCGCGGUCGUGUACCGGCUCAUCCGGGAUGCCAGCUACGCCGAGGCCGUGCAGCUGCUGGGCGGAGAGCUCCAGCGGAGCCCGAGGAGCCGCGCCGGCCUGUCGCUGCUGGGCUACUGCUACUACCGCCUGCAGGAGUUCGCGCUGGCCGCCGAGUGCUAUGAGCAGCUGGGCCAGCUGCACCCGGAGCUGGAGCAGUACCGCCUGUACCAGGCCCAGGCCCUGUACAAGGCCUGCCUUUACCCAGAGGCCACCCGCGUCGCCUUCCUCCUCCUGGACAACCCCGCCUACCACAAUCGGGUCCUCCGUCUCCAAGCCGCGAUCAAGUACAGCGAGGGCGAUCUGCCCGGGGCCAGGAGCCUGGUGGAGCAGCUACUGAGUGGGGAAGGAGGAGGAGAAGACAGCGGGGGCGAGAACGAGCUCGAUGGCCAGGUCAACCUGGGCUGUUUGCUCUACAAGGAGGGACAUUAUGAAGCCGCGUGUUCCAAGUUCUCUGCUGCCUUACAGGCUUCGGGCUACCGGCCUGACCUUUCCUACAACCUGGCUUUGGCCUAUUACAGCAGCCGGCAGUAUGCAUCCGCGCUGAAGCAUAUCGCCGACAUUAUUGAGCACGGCAUCCGCCAGCACCCAGAGCUGGGUGUGGGCAUGACCACUGAGGGCAUUGAUGUUCGAAGUGUUGGCAACACCUUAGUCCUUCACCAGACUGCUCUGGUAGAAGCCUUCAACCUCAAGGCCGCCAUAGAAUACCAACUGAGAAACUAUGAGGUGGCCCAGGAAACCCUCACAGAUAUGCCUCCGAGGGCAGAGGAAGAGUUAGACCCUGUGACCCUGCACAACCAGGCGCUAAUGAACAUGGAUGCCAGGCCUACAGAAGGGUUUGAGAAGCUACAGUUUUUGCUCCAACAAAAUCCCUUUCCCCCGGAGACCUUUGGCAACCUGUUGCUGCUCUACUGUAAAUAUGAGUAUUUUGACCUGGCAGCAGAUGUCCUGGCAGAGAAUGCCCAUUUGACUUACAAGUUCCUCACACCCUAUCUCUAUGACUUCUUGGAUGCCAUGAUUACUUGCCAGACAGCUCCUGAAGAGGCUUUCAUUAAGCUUGAUGGGCUAGCAGGGAUGCUGACUGAACAGCUCCGGAGACUCACCAAACAAGUGCAGGAAGCAAGACACAACAGAGAUGAUGAAGCUGUCAAAAAAGCAGUGAAUGAAUAUGAUGACACCCUUGAGAAGUAUAUUCCUGUGCUGAUGGCCCAGGCCAAAAUCUACUGGAACCUUGAAAAUUAUCCAGUGGUGGAAAAGAUCUUCCGCAAAUCUGUGGAAUUCUGUAAUGACCAUGAUGUGUGGAAGCUGAAUGCGGCUCAUGUUCUGUUCAUGCAGGAAAACAAAUACAAAGAAGCCAUAGGUUUUUAUGAGCCCAUAGUCAAGAAGCAUUAUGACAACAUCCUGAAUGUCAGUGCUAUUGUGCUGGCUAACCUGUGUGUUUCAUAUAUUAUGACAAGUCAAAACAAAGAAGCCGAGGAGUUGAUGAGGAAGAUUGAAAAGGAGGAAGAGCAGCUCUCCUAUGAGGACCCAGAUAAGAAAAUCUACCAUCUCUGCAUUGUGAAUCUGGUGAUAGGGACGCUCCAUUGUGCCAAAGGAAAUUAUGACUUUGGUAUUUCUCGAGUUAUCAAAAGCUUGGAACCUUAUAAUAAAAAACUGGGAACUGAUACCUGGUAUUAUGCCAAAAGGUGCUUCCUGUCAUUACUAGAAAACAUGUCAAAACACAUGAUUGUGCUUCGUGACAGUGUUAUUCAAGAAUGUGUCCAGUUUCUAGAACAUUGUGAACUUUAUGGCAGGAACAUACCUGCUGUUAUUGAACAACCCCUGGAAGAAGAAAGAAUGCAUACUGGAAAGAAUACAGUCACUUAUGAAUCCAGACAAUUAAAAGCUUUGAUUUAUGAGAUUAUAGGAUGGAAUAUGUAGUAAUAUCUGACAGUGGCCUUAUCAUAAUGGCUUUACAUCUGUUUUUCACUCUGUUUUAUCUGUAGUUAGCU